AUGGUCUGUGCCCAAAAGCCGCUGGUUCCGGGAAACCCUAAACAGCGCAUGACUGUGACGACCAUUGGAAUCCAUGCGAUUGAUCAAGGGAGGACAAGCUGGGAGGUUAGACCGCAAGAUGCCAAGAUCUUGUUACAGGGGGUAGCCGAUCCCCCAGAGGUAAAGCCACACCCCAACGUUGACCUGUGGCGCAUGACGGCUGGUGGCCCAGGCUUCUUUGGUAAGUAUGUCGUCAAUCCCAUCGGCCACUCCGAAGCAUAUCUGAAGCGUAGCGCUCUGGAGUGCGCUUCCAUUUUUUUUCUUCACAAUUGUCCUAGAUAA